CAUGUGAAGGCUUCACUCUUCUGAAGUGCGCAACGCUUCUCAAUUGAUGGAAUUUACUGAACUCCGAAGGAAAAAAAGUCUUUUAACUUUUAACACUGGAUUAACUCGGAUGGUGGAAUAUCGCUCCUAAGAUUAGAGUUAUCAUUCCACAUUUUGCUUCACUUUGUUAAUCAGCCACUCUCCCAGCUUUUAGCAUUAAACGUUUGGUGGACUUUACUCACACUUUUGCGCCAUGACGAACUCGUGUCUUCAACUGAGCGGCUUUUUCAUCAGCUGCAUCGGCUGGCUGGGAAUCGUGAUCGCUACAGCCACCAAUGAAUGGGUGUUUACGUGUAAAUACGGUUUGAACACCUGCAAGAAGUUGGAUGAGCUGGGAUGCAAGGGACCCUGGGCGGAAUGUGUCCUCUCCACAGGAACCUACCACUGCGUCACCCUGACGCAGCUCCUGGACCUACCAGCCUACGUCCAGACGACUCGUGCCCUGAUGAUCAUAGGUUCAAUACUGGGUCUCCCAGUAGUGGCAAUGCUCCUCGUGUCCAUGCCCUGCAUCAGCUUUGGCAAUGAACCCCAGGCCUCCAAGAACAAACGCACCAUCCUGGGAGGAGUGCUUAUGCUCAUAGUCGCACUGUGUGGUUCGGUGUCUACGGUGUGGUUUCCCAUCGGCGCUCACCAGGAGCUCAACCUCAUGUCGUUUGGCUUCUCCCUCUACACUGGAUGGGUGGGCACUAUCUUCUCCCUGUUGGGCGGGUGCAUUCUUACCUGUUGCUCCGCAGAGUCCUCGUCUCGCCCCUACCAGGACAACAAUCGUUUCUACUACUCCAAACAGGGAGGUGGCAACCCGCCAGCAGCCCCCUCUGUCAAUCACGCCAAGAGCGCCCACGUCUGAGAUGGGAGAGAUUGUAACUUCCAAGUGGACGUAUAGGGGACUGUAGUUUGUAUAUAGAGACAUAUACAGUAGCGCGCACACACACAUACAAUCACAGUAACAUGAAACCUAUGCCACGCUCAUUCAUGUCGGUUUGUCAAGAAAAAUACACAAAUUCUUGAACGAGCACACAAACAUACAUAAAAGAGACAUUCGAACAUCCAAACACACAAAGGCUGUUUUUAUUGGAGCUCCUUUUCUCGCCGAUGGAUUGUUUUUGUAUCACAGAGCUCAUCUUGCAGCCUCCUCAUGUUGGGCGUGGUGUAGACUCUCCCCAUUGUUACAUAAUUGUGCAAGCUGCCUGCAGAGGUCCUAAUCCCUCGAUGCCUUGGGAACUGAGAUAUUGAUCUUGUAUAUUACUUCUGUUUUUCUAUUUAGAUGCUCUUAGAUAUGGGAUCUCUUGUGUCUUUGAGUGUUAUUGUUUGUUUGUUUUUUUAAAUCAUACAAUACUAUGAUCUGUUUUUUUUUGAUAAGCAGGGCAUGACAGUAUUAUGCUUGAAAUUGUGUUCAUUAACAUUGUUUAUGUACAUUGAUAUUUCUCUGACAGUAUCAUCCAACUCUCUAGUGAAUUUGCCUCCUGAGUGAUAGACUUGAUUAAAACUCAUAGCACUGUUUUUCCUAGCCACUGCAGGAUCUUAAAUACAUUAUGUGCACUGACACGGCCGACAUAAUUUCAUAAAGAGUACAAAACUUUAAUCUUUUGUCCAUAACUCCCUCAUCUGAUAGCAGUAUUACAUAAUCCGAAGUUACCUUACACAUUUUAUGUGACUAACUUGCUUCUUUUUUUUUUAGAUUAAAAAACGAGUGUCAAAAAAAGCAGCUUAUCCUGUAACUGUGCAAUUAUAAAUUUGAAUAAACAUCUUAGUCUAACUUCCUCACAUAGAGUAGCUCUUAAUGUCUGUAGCUAAAAGUAUGAUUCACUCACUCGAGUGCGUGAAAAAAAUAAAACUAAAUCAGUACUGUGUAGAUUAACUUGUUCAAUAUCUCAAAAGUGCUCUGAUCACAGGUGGAACCAGAUUUUUUCCAAGCUGAAGGAAGUUAAUAUUUCUAAUUCAGACCCAUGCAAAAUCAGUAUUAGCUGGUUAUUUAUUGUUCCACUGAUGUUAUUGUUUGAUUUUCUAUAAUAAAGACCAAAAAAUUAAAGCUG